AUGAGCGGCAUUCACCCACCUUUAAAGGGUCACCACCGAGAUCUCGGCCGGCACAGCUUGUCAAGGGACCUUUCGGGGUUUCUUGUCAACUAUUUGCACAACAAUACUAUUGGCGAAUUCGAUCUUCUCCCCCAAAAUAGCUCAAAGAUUAUGGAUAUCCACAUGAGGAGAUCGACGAGCAUCUUCCGUUUUCUUUCACAAACCAAAGUUGUUGUCGGGCUCAAAUUGAAUCGACAGCAAGGUUAUCGAGUCCAGGCCCUCAAGUCAUAUAACAUUUACCAUAACCAUUUCAAGUCCAAUACGAAUGGCACUUAG